AUGAUGUUACGCUGUACGCUUUGUUGUCGUGCGCUGCCGAAAGUUGAGCGGCGCAAGCGGAAGGGGCAACCAACGCGACCAGGACUCCCAGAUCUUCCAAAGAGUGCAGGUGGCUACUUCUUCCGGCAGUUGCGUCCCUAUCUUCCUAUAGUGUGGCAGUAUGGGUGGCGUUGGAAGUUGCUUCAGGGCCUGUGGCUCGGUACGGCUUUUUCCUUUGCUGGUUAUUUGAUCUACGUCAUUUACUUCCGUGACUCUGAUGAGGUCAUUGCGGCAAAGGCGGCAAAGUAUACGUAUGUGCGAAACGAGCAGGGCGAGGUGGUUGACAUUGGCUACAAACCAAUUAUUGAUGCUAGCCGCCGUGCACAACGACGGGCCCGACGAUUGCUGGAGGAUGAUGACGAUGAGUGA